UUCGUCUUCACUCGUCGAUUUCACCGGAACCCUAGCUCGAUCGUCCGGAGAAUUCAAGUUUCCGUAGAUGAGCGUACGAUUGGGGAGGAGUUGAGAUCAAACUGACAGGAUUUCGUCACCGAAUGGAGGGAGGGAUAUACUCAUGGAUUAUGAUGACAAUGAUUUCCAAAGCCAGAAUCUUCAAUUAGCUGGUGAAGGAAGCAAUAAGUUUCCUCCUGUUUUACGGCCAUAUGCCCUUUCAAAGUUUGAUUUUGAAGAUGGCCUCCAUGGGCAUUUAAGAUUUGAUAGCUUGGUUGAAACUGAAGUUUUUCUUGGCAUUGAGAGUAACGAAGAUAACCAGUGGAUUGAGGAUUUUUCGCGGGCGAGUAGUGAGAUAGGAUUUAAUACAAGUGCAGCAGAAUCUUGUUCAAUUCCAAGGCGCAACAAUGUUUGGUCUGAGGCUACUUCCUCAGAGUCAGUUGAAAUGCUCUUAAAAUCUGUUGGGCAGGACGACAUUAUUCCUAGUCAGACUGUCACUAGGGAGUCAGAUGCCAGUGAUGAACUGGGUUGCAUGAUAAAGCAGAUGGAGCCUAGUUUGAAGCAUGAACACAGUAGUAGUCCUUCUAAAGUGGAGGAUGUAACAGGUUUAAAUCCCACAUUACCAGCUGAGAUUCCAGAAGCAAGUUCAGGCUUAAAGGAUGAUGUAGGAGCAUGGAAGCCUCAAAUUGAAGCUGCAUCAAAAGCUGAGGCAGGAAAUUCUGUUGAUGGAGGUUUGAAUGGUCCAAGUACUGGCAGUGAAAAUGCCAACACAGCUGUGACCGAGGUGAGUGAGCCAGUGGCUGGUGAGCAUUUUGCCAUUCAUCAAAAGGAAGUAAGUACUUUUGCUGAUGAAUCACUGGAUAUCAGCAGAAAGGAAGAGAGUUUUGCAUCAUCUCAAGUUGUUACUACCGUUUCGCCUAUGAAAAAUGCCAGUGUUGUGUUCGAUAAUCAAGAUGGCAUGUGUCUGAAAAAUGAUGUUGGUGAUAAAGGGACAGACAGUUUAGAGAAGGAUUUUAAGAGAGGGGAAAAUUUUCAAGAAGGUCAAGGGAUUCAAAUUGAUCAUCAGAAUUUGGAUGAACAUUUGGUUUCUAUAGAUACUUCUCACAUAGAUAACAGUUCAGCCUCGGAGAUGGAAUUUAAGGAAGAUGGACAUAUGAUUAAAACUAAUGCCAUUGUUGACCCUUCUACGACAGUGGUGAAAGAGGAUUCUGACUUACAAAUGGUGGAAGGAUGCAGUAAGGCUGUACUUUUGGGCAUUCCUGCCCAGGUCUCCCAAUCAGAUGACCUUUUAUUGUCUAAGAAUUCAGUUAUUGGCGAUCAUUCUGCAGGAGAUUUACAAGAUGCAGCACCAAUCCCCUUUGUAGAUUAUACUGGCCUAAAGGGGCAGGAUGGUGAGAUCAGCAAAAAUAAUAUUGGAAUCUCUACCAGUCGGGAGUCGAAGAUCGACUCAAUGGUGCAAAUUACAUGUAAUCAGAGCGGUGUUCCGGAGACUGAGCAACUUUUAGAAAGUAGUGGCCAAUUGGAUAAAAAAUGCUUAACAGGUAAGUCUGAGGAAUGUUUCUUGUCCCUAGAUGAUGAUAGAGUUUCUAAAGGUUAUGGUGAUGGAAAGAAUUAUGAGGGAGAUGUUUCCAGGUUGAAUGUUGUUUGUUCUUCAGUUACAUUGACUAUGACUCAAACAAGUACAACUUUUGAAAGUAGUCAUGAUACUUCAGGAUCUUGUGGAGAAGAAUCUACAAAAAUAAGUGAGGAAAAUACUGUAUCUAUCAAUACUAAUGCUUAUAGCUGUGACCAGAGAACUUUUGUUCAUGCAAAGCAGUGCAUAGAGUUGCCAAUUGACCAUAGUAAUACUGAGUGUGGAGAUAGUGGAUCACUAGUUAUAGAUAAGAAGGUCUGCUCCACAUCCCUUGUUGGUUGUAACAUUGGAAAUACAUCACUUUCAAAGUUGCAAUCUAAUGUUGUUUCUGGCAAUGAUUCAGAUGGCGUUCCAUUGCCUUCUGCUAAGGGUGGUCUUACAGAUGCAGUUGAUAAGCAGGAGGUUCAAGUCUCCCUCAUGCCGAUGGUGCUGCCUCGUGCUGAUGAGGAGGAAGUGUCAUUGAACCCAACAAUUUCUGUGAAAGGAAGUCUAUCAAAUCUUAAAUCGCCUGAAGAGAGAACUGAGUCACAUCCAAUUCCUGAAUCUGGGGAAGCUGCUCCUUGUGAUGCUGGCAAUGAGUUUACCUGCAAGGAAGUUGAUAAGUCCUUGUCCGUGGUAGAUGUCUCUAGUUCUGUGAGCCAAACUGACCUCCAGGUAGUCCUGCAUCCUGCAGUCACUCAGGAGUGCAGCAAGGAAAUGGAAAUAUCUACAAAUUUCUCUGUUUCAACAGUGAGUGAGAUUGGAAGAGGUGAAGGAAAGGUUGUCUCUGAAAAGCAAGAGGAAGGAAACAAUGAAGGAAAUCAUGGAAGUGCAUCUUCAAAAGUUACAGAUUCUGAACUCAAACUGAGGAAUGAAGAGAUUUUGGACAAUCAAGUUCCCUCAUCUAAUGAUACUGGACAAGAUGGUGGGAAGGAUAAUGAGGUUGUAUCAAUUUCUGGAGAUAAGGGUAGUAGCCAGAUUGCCAUUGCAAGCACUGACAUGGAGGCUGGGUGUAGUUCGCCAAUUGUCAUCAGAACUUCUGAGCCUUCUCAGAGUGAAGCUGAAAAGGAGAGAGUCAAAGGAUCCACAGAUCAGAAUGGUCUUGCAUCGAAAGUCGUAAAUGGGAUUUCUAUGGAUCCCAAAGGAAAUGCUAAUGAUACAUCGGCAGGUGACCGGAGUUUCACCUUUGAGGUCCCUCCAUUGGUGGAAUUGUCUGGAAAGGAAACUGGCAAGAAUUGGCAACCCUUCCCAUCCACACAUUCGGUAAAGCAGAGUGUGGGGAGAUCUCCUUCAACUUCUAGCAUAAGCCAAGUUGAUAUCAAGACUGCUCAAGAUGCAUCUCAUGAAAAUCUUAAGGCAUCUGGUAAGGAGAUUGUACGUCGUGGUCGUGGUUCCAAAAGUUCUUCUGAACGUAAAACUAGAAGAACAUCGAGUAAAAGCACAGGAAAAGAAACUGCUAAAAAGGCAACUCCUGUUAAGGAAACAACACCUUCAAGGCAAUCUGAGCGACGUGACAGAACAGGCAAUGCAUCCCUGAUUUCGUCUGGAAUUUGCCAGCUCUCGCAUUCCAAUGAGAUUUCACACUAUGGACAUAUUGAAGGCAGUAAUAUAAAACCAUUUGGUGUUCUUUCUUCUUCUGUAUCCAGUCUGCCUGAUCUAAAUACUGCAGCUUCUUCGUCUGCAUUGUUUCAUCAGCCUUUUACAGAUUUACAGCAAGUUCAACUACGUGCCCAAAUCUUUGUUUAUGGAGCUCUUAUUCAAGGAAUAGCACCUGAUGAGGCAUGCAUGAUGUCAGCAUUUGGGGGACCUGAUGGUGGAAAGAGCUUAUGGGAGAAGAACUGGCGUGCAUGUAUGGGGAGAUUGCAUGGUCAAAAAUCCCAUCCCAUUAAUCAAGAAACUCCUUCGCAGUCACAAUUAGGCGCCAAAACUGAUCAAUCUAUCAAACAAAAUUCUCUUCAAAAUAAGGUUACCUCUUCAACUGCUAGUCGAGCAACCAGCAAAAGUACUCUGACAGCGACUCUAAACCCGGUCAUACCCCUUUCAUCACCAUUGUGGAGUGUUUCAACCCCUUCUUGUGAGGCUGUUCAAUCUACUGGUGUGCCAAGAGGUGCAGUUAUGGAUUAUCAGCCAAUGCUUUCCUCAUUGCAUCCUCAUCAAACUCCUCCAAUCAGAAAUUUUGUCAAUGCUCCCUGGGUUUCCCAGUCCCCUUUUCGUGCUCCCUGGGUUCCACAGGCUACUGCAUUUGACACUAGUGCUCGUUUUUCUGUUCUGCCCAUCACUGAACCAGUUAACUUGACACCUGCAAGAGAAUCAUCAGGACCUCAUUCUUCUGGGGCAAAGCAGGUUUCUCCAGUUCCUGUGGUUCAGAGUGGUAGCCCUGCAAAUGUUUUGGCAGGAGCUCCUCUACUUGACACUAAGAAGGCAAUAGUAGCCCCUGGUCAACAAUCUGCUGAACCUAAGUCUAGGAAAAGAAAGAAGAUUCCUGUUCCUGAGGAGCCUGGACAGGUUAUGUUGAAGUCUCAAUCUCAAACAGCAACUCACUCUGUACCUGUUUCAACUAGUAGCAUCUGUGAAGCUGUUGCCAUCACUAUUCCCAAAACCAUUGCAUCCAAAUCCUCCACUGAAAAUGUCAUUAUGCCUGUAUCUCCUACAAUUACUCCUGUUCACCUACAAAAAAUUGAUCGGGAUGCAGGUCAAAAGGCUACUUUGUCCGAAGAGACCCAUGGCAAACUUAAGGAGUCUCAGCUACAGGCAGUGAAUGCUGCUGCUCUUGCUUCUGCUGCCAUUGACCACAGUCAAGAAAUAUGGAAUGAAUUGAACAAACACAAAAAUUCUGGUUUUGCUGUUGAUAUUGAAACUAAGUUAACAUCUGCUGCUAUUGCAAUUGCCGCAGCAGCUGCUGUUGCAAAGGCAGCAGCUGCAGCUGCCAAUGUUGCAUCAAAUGCUGCCUUGCAAGCAAAGCUGAUGGCUGAUGAAGCAUUGGUUUCAAUUGGUAGCAGAAAUUCUGUUCAAAGUAAUGCAAUAUCUUCUGGCAGCGUGAAGAAUUUGGGCCAGGCUACUUCUGCAUCCAUCAUGAAUGCUGAAGAUGCUACAAAUGGUUCUAAUUCUAUUAUUGUUGCUGCAAAGGAGGCUGCUAGGAGGAAGGUAGAAGCUGCUUCAGCCGCCUCAAAGCAUGCUGAAAACAUGGCUGCUGUUGUCAAAGCAGCAGAGCUGGCAGCAGAAGCUGUUUCACAAUCUGGAACAAUUGUGGCUAUGGGUGAACCUUUCUCCUUGAGUGAAUUGGUAGAAGCUGGUCCAGAUGGUUAUUGGAGAGUACAAAAAGUGUCUUCUGCAAAAGUCAUGAAGUCAAAUGAUGUGAAUAGGGAGCAGUUGGGCAGAGCUGGCCAUGAAGGUCGUGGUGUCUCUGGUGCACAUUCAAAGGAGGUUUCAUUGGAGAAGGAAACUCAGAGUGCUAACCAUGGUUCUUCUGCAAUAAGUGGGAAAGAUAAAAGGCAAAAGGGCCGUAGAGCUAUGGAUUUAGCUAAAACCAUGGGGGCAGUUCCAGAAACCGAGAAUAGUUUGAGAUCAUCUUCCAUCACCACUCAAACUGAGUAUGAGAAGGAAGUGGAGACUUUAAAAGAAAUGAACAUUGGGGAGGGUUCUGUUGUAGAGGUAUUAAGAGUUGGAGGUGGAUCAAAAGUAGCCUGGUUCUUGGCAACUGUUCUAAGUUUGAGUGAUGGAAAAGCAUGUGUGCGUUACCAUGAACUUCAAUCAGAAGAUGAUGGAGAUAAGCUAAAAGAAUGGGUGGAACUUAAAGGAGAGGGAGAGAAUGCACCCAGAAUACGUGUUGCUCGUCCAAUUACUGCUAUGCCAUUUGAGGGAACAAGAAAAAGACGCAGGGCAGCCAUGGGAGACUAUAAUUGGGCUAUUGGAGACCAGGUUGAUGCAUGGAUGCAGGAUAGCUGGAGGGAAGGAGUUAUCACUGAAAAGAACAAGAAAGAUGAGACAUCCUUGACUGUUAAUUUUCCUGUUCAAGGAGAAACUUCCGUUGUCAAAGGCUGGCAUCUUCGUCCUUCUCAGAUAUGGAAGGAUGGUAAUUGGGUUGGAUGGUCUAGUUCUGUGGAUAACAAUUUCUCUACCCAUGAGGGUGAUUCUCCACAGGAAAAGAAACAAAGGUUAGGCAGUCCUCAUGUUGAAGCAAGAGGGAAAGAUAAGGUUUCAAAAGGUACUGAAGUUAUAGAAUCUGGGAAACCUGAUGACACAAGAUUGCUGGAUCUAGCUGCAAGUGAUAGGAUAUUUAAUAUUGGUAAGAACACCAGAGAUGAUAGUAAAACUGAUUCGCUCAGAAUGGUACGUACUGGUCUGCAGAAGGAAGGAUCUAGAGUAAUUUUUGGCAUCCCUAAGCCAGGAAAGAAGAGAAAAUUUAUGGAAGUAAGCAAACAUUAUGUUUCAGAUCAGAGCAAAAAGGAUAUUGAAACAAAUGACUCAGUUAAGUUUGCAAAAUACUUAAUGCCUCAAGGAUCAGGACCCCGCGCAGCAAAAAUUAAUCCUAAAAGUGAUCCAAAGGAAAAGCAAAUGGCUGUUUCCAAUCCCAAGGUUCUCAAGUCUGGAAAACCCCCGAGUAUUUCUAGCAGAACCAUAUCUAAAAAGGAUAACUUCUCCAAUGCAUCUAUUUCUGAAACUGAUGAAGAUGAUGCCACAGAUGUGUCAAAAUCCAAGGAUUCCGCAAGUCAUGAUGACAAUGCUUCUGGAAAGCAUAACAUGAUGGAGUUUAGAUCGUUUUCAAGCUCUGAGGGAGCAGCAGAAGGCCCAAUUUUGUUUUCUUCAGCUGGUGUUUCAUCCGAUGCUUCUGCCUCAAAGAAAACAUCCACAUCAAAUGCCAAAGCCGAAAGGAUGAGUAAAGGGAAACUUGCACCCGCUGCUGGAAAGUCGGCUAAAAUUGAUGAGGACAAAGCCUCCAAUGGUAAUUCUACAAAACCAACUUCUGAAGUUGUUGAGCCCCGUAGAUCUAAUCGCAGGAUUCAGCCAACAUCACGGCUAUUAGAAGGGCUUCAGAGUUCGUUGAUAAUCUCAAAAAUUCCUUCUGUUUCACAUGAUAAAGGUCAUAGAACUCAGAGCAGAAAUGCUAAAAGGGAAUAACAAUGAUGAGACAACUCUACCGCAGCUACACGGAUCCAGUCAAAGGAAAACUCGGUGGUUACUGGAUGUUCAACAUAGCAUUUUGUGUAUAUUUAUGAUAGAGGAGAAAGCUAGGAAUGAAAAAUUGUUUAGUUGGGUUUCACUUUAAAGAGAUCAAGUAGUUGAUGUUUAUACUGAUUUUUAGAUCUUAACAAUCAUAAUCUGAUCUCUCUAGGCCCUUUUGCUACUAGGUUGUAAAUGGGAAAAACUUACAUUUAGUUUGGCUUUGAAUAUUUGUAGAGAAGCAUUGCAAUUUGUCAACAAUGUAUUUCCUGGCUCCUCACCAAUCCCACUAAUAUUCUACCAACUACCCAUUACCAUGGAGAAAAGCAAGCAAUUUUCUCUCCUUUUCCUGUAAGUCGGUAAUUUAAUGUGAGGUUAAUAUAGCUUAAGCAGUUCU